AUGACUGCUAUCCGAGCUCUGUCGUGGUGUGCUUUCUCUGCCAUGGCUUAUAGCGCUGCCCUCCAUCGUGAAGUUCACCGCUCCCUUUGGGCUUUCCUCAUAUAUGUCCGUGGUCGACAACCGUUCGAGGCCGAUUGGGUCCCUUUGCCGUCAGCUGAGAUCCUGCGGUUACCCCUGGCGCCCCUGGCGAGGCUGGCGAUGUGCCCGCCGGCUCGGCGAGAGGAAUUAAGCUUAAAUUUGGACCCUGGAACAUCUCGAAAACUUCUUGACCGGGCACGACACGCUACAAUCGCUACAAUCAUUACAAUCAUGGCGAAGAACAAGCGGCCUCGGGAGGAGCCGGCAGAUCAGGAGAUUGAUGGGAAUGACGUGCACCCAGCGCGCCAGAAACGGCUCAAGCGCACCAAGGACGAUGCAGAACUGGCCACCAUCUACGAGGAACUUUCAAACGAAGUCCAGGAAGUACGGAACAGAGCAGCCGCCAGGCUACUCAAAUCAAUCACCAAGGACUCGAAUGCUUUAGAUGAGCGGCUUGAUGCAGCUGAGAAACGGCUUAUACGAGGUCUCUGCUCUGGUCGCCGAGCUGCGAGAUUAGGCUUCUCUGUCACGCUCGCGGAAGUCUUUCGGCUCAGGUUGCGGCAUACUGCAGAAGCCGCCGAAGGCAUAUCGCUCUCCUCGACACUCUCAAACAUUGCCAAGUUCACUCAGGCCGAGGGUAACGUCGGUGGCCAGGAGAGGAGAGAUCAUCUGCUGGGUCGCCGCUUCGCAUACCAAGCAGUGCUGCAGAGCGACGUUGCCCUGGAGGAGAACCUGAAGGCACCUCAGUGGAGUGCUUUGCUGAACGCCAUCUUUGACUUCGCGAACGAGAAAGCAUGGCUGCGAAGGGAGGUCGGGAGCAUGCUUCACGAUUACCUUUCGAGCCCAAGCGGAUCGAAAUUGUCACCUGCCUCUGUGUCCAUGUUGAUGGAAACAGCUGGUCGCAAGAAGCUUCUGAGGACGCCGGAAGGGGUCGGGCUAUGGCUCGUAGUCCGACAGCAAUUCCCUGCCGCCGAAACGCCCUCGAAGAUUUGGCACCGUAACGAUCCCCUCUCCAGCAAAGAGCACCAAAAUCUUGCGAAGAUCAUGCUGGAACACUCUGCUGAUGAUGAACCUACGCACAAGCGGCCUGGAUCACGCCAAUCGAUUCCUUCUUUCGCCUGGACGAUGGUUCUGCAGCAGCUGAGUGACAAGCGUAAUGCAUCUCGGGUUCAGCAGUUUUGGGAAUACUUCGUCUCGAUGGUUUUCUCAGCGUCUUCUUCCACAGAGCGGAAAGCACUCGGUCUACAGAUCUUCUCACUGGCCGUCUCAGACGUGUCUGCCGCGAAGCUAUCGGCUGUCUUCGACACUAGGGUCUUACGAUGCGUUCUGGAUCAACGCGCAAAAGCUGAUAAUCACCUGUUCGAAGCGGCGAAGCUUUCGCUGGAUGCUAUGGUCGCCCGUGCGAAGCAAGAGCCGACUUGCGCUGGCGUUCUCGUUUCUGAGAUCAUCGACAAAGCAGCAAUCAAUUUCGACCAACUCAGCAAGACGAAGACCGUCGAGUCAAUCGUUGCCUUUGCCGAUAAUAUCUCUCUGAAGGCAUUGAUCGAGAAGACACGAAAAACAUGCUUGAGCAGUGUACGACGCGAAGAAUCCGAAGUCGACUUCCAGCUUCGAGGCUAUGCAGACUUGCUUCUCACAAUGGUCCGCACGCACAAGGAUGCCGGAGCUGAUUUGACCAUGGGUACUCAAGAGAUAAAACUCAAGGAGGAUUGGACAUGGCUUGAGGAGUUGCUCCGGUUCUUGUCCUUCUAUGCUUUUCACGACAAGGAUGUGGGACCGAUCUUCCAGCCCAGACUAAUGUCGAUUCUCAGCCUUCUCAUGCAUGGUCCUCUUCAACAAGCACUGCAAGCGCCAGUCAUUGUCGUGCAACCAAUACGACUUGACGGAAAUGCCUUGAACCAGUUGAAAGGCCCGGCCGCAGAUGCGGUAGAGAAGGCGUGGAAAUGCUUCGACAAGAUGUACCGCUACGAGCCUGGCACCAGAAAAGUGCUGCAGCCAGGCAACGAAGCUUUUGCUUUACUCUUCGCCCUGUCUAUCUUGCAAUGCUUCAGACACGAGCCUGACGCAGCUGCCGCUCUCGAAGACUUGAUCAACUGCUAUCAGGUGAAAGAUUCGACGACGAACGUCACCGCGAUGAUCAUUGAGCUGCUACUGAGCUUCAUCUCAAAGCCUUCAGCACUCUUCCGAAAGCUUGCGGAGCAGGUCUUCACUGUGUUUGCACCGGAGCUUACGGCAGACAGCCUACAGUCUCUUAUUGACAUUCUAGGUCAGAAAGAGAGCUUGAGUGGUCAGCAGGAGCUGUUUGACGCACACGGAGACGAUGACGAGGAUGGAGCGGAUGGAGAGGAGGAGUCCGAAUCUGGUGACCAUGACUUCGAGGCAAUCGAUGUAGAGGACGCAUCUGAUGUCGAACUUGUCAACGGCGAAGAAGCUUCCGCCUCUGGCUCAAACAACGAUGAUGACAGCGAGGACGAUGAGUCCGCAUCGGACGCCGCAGAUGGCGCCACCAACGGGGUCGAAGACGAAGAAGCUGCUUUCGACAGAAAGCUAGCCGAAGCACUUGGUACUGGCCGAGCAGAAGAUGAAGACUCCGACGAAGAUGGCUCUGACAUGGACGACGAGCAGAUGAUGGCGCUGGAACCACAUCUGACCACCAUCUUCAAGGAGCGCCAGAAGAACACCAGCAAGAAGCAAGAGAAGAAAGAUGCCAAAGAGAACAUUGUCAACUUCAAGAAUCGUGUUCUCGAUCUCCUGGCCAUCUUCGUGAAGACGCAGUACGCUGAAGUGCUGACGCUAGACCUUAUCUUGCCUCUGACGAAUCUUGUCCGCACGACGACCAACAAGCAGACGGCUGAGAAGGCUUUUGCGGUGCUGAAGCAGUACUUCGAUGCUUGCAGCAAGAACAAGAAGCUGCCGCAGCCUGAGGAUGAUGAUGCUGUCUUCAUGGUUUUGGAGGCGGUUCAUGACGAGAUGAAGUUGGGUGGCUCGAAAUUACAUGCCAAUGCUUGCAGUCGUUCGAGUCUCUUCUUGGCGAAGGUGCUGGUGGCAGAAGAUCCGGGCCACUAUGAGCGGGUGGCUUCGAUGUAUGCGAAGUUGAUGUCGGAGUGGUGGCAAGAUCCGACAAGCAAGGUGCAGCCGAGUGUGUUCACGGAGUGGACGAGCUGGUCGAUCACGACGAGGAAGCGAGGUUGA